AUGACAUGUUAUGUCCGUACCGAAUGGGAUCCCGGGUCGAUGGAGUCGAAAAACUGGAGUCGAGAUAAGAAGAUCGCCAAGAGCAAGGGUGAUCAUAUGCAGGGAUUCUCGGGGAUGCAGAGAGCCGUCAUCCCCAGCCCGGCCGAUGUACUGAUGUACCCUUUUACAUCGUUGUCCCUUCAGGCGCGUGGGGCGCGGGUUUGCAAAGGGCUUCCGCUCCCGGCGCGGGAGAGAGGAAGGGCCCCGACCUCUUGUGGCCCACUAGAGGGGUCGUCCUAUCUGUAUCAUCCUGCAAGAAUCCACCGCAUGUCUCGCAUUCGACGUCUACCUCAUCGUCUAUCCACAGAUCUGUUAUGUAGCGGCACGGUGGUGUCUGGGAUUAAAGAGAAUCGUCGUCGCUCUUGA